CCUCCCUGUUCUGCCGGGAAUGAGCGCUCGGAGCCCGGCUGUCCGUCUGCUGUCUGCCCGCUGAGCUCCACUAUGCCGCGGGUCCAGCAGCUGUAAUGAAGCUGUCUAACGAGUCCUAUUCCCCGCUCUUUCUCGUCUUCGUCCCUGCAGAAGAUGGUGGCUGGCGGUUAGUUCCAACUUCGGACACCGUGGGGUAUUUUUUCCUCGGAGAAGCGCACUGAAAUCCGAAGAGCGGUCCUGAGAUGACGGAGGUGGAGCCCGUGUUGGACUUCGCCACCUCGGGUCGGUCGGGCCGGAGGAACGCUCUGCCCGACAUCCUGGGGUCUCCGGCAGGCGUAAACCCCGGAGACCUGCCUCUGAAACUGGCUGAGAUGACCCUCAAAGAUGGUCCUGGAGGGGCCCAGUCCCCGACGGCGGAGGGGCCUCCAGCGCCGCCCGAGGGCUCCGAGGGGAAUGAGGGAUCGUAGGGAUCGGAGGGAAGAUGGUUUAUUUUCCUCCCCGGAGACCUGCAGAGAUUACCUGAGAGACGGGACGAGUUACAGAGGGAAGGUCUGUGGAGAGUCGGACUGUUUGAGAAGCAGCUGAGCUCCACCAGAGAAACAGAAACUCCCCGAGGACCAGCACUCCAGACGUCACUUAGCUAUGACCCAGUGAGUGAGUGUGUGAGUGUGUGUGUGUGUGUGUGUGUGUGUGUGUGUGUGUGUGUGUG